AUGUCAACCGGCGAGCACCCGGAGCUGACAUGGAUCAAGGUGGAGAUAACUGCGGCGCGAGUUUUCGAGAUACCAGUCGACAAGGGCUUCCUUCUACCGCCUGAUGCUAUCCAGAAAUUGAUCCUCAACGAUCUCCCACAGCGCGGGCUCGCUCUAAGCAGCCUACGAGUUGCCUCCGUUGCUGAAGAGUACGAAAACGCAGGCGGUCUUCAGGUCGGUUCAGAGCAGAUCACAGAUGAGUUGAAGGCGAAGGUGGAGUUCCGUAUGGUAACUGACAGGUAUCCGCCCGCUCCUACUUGCGAAUCUACGUAUGGAACCGACGACGAAGACCUUCCCAUGGCUGGUGAUAGAACUGACCUGCAAGCUAUCGCCGACAAAUUGCACACGAAACACACAGUCCAGAUUGCUGCAGGCGGCAAGGGUCAACCUGACACGCGCGCUCACCGCGCUGCUGCAAGAAACACGGCCAGAAAGCUGCAAGAGUUCUUGAAAGCCGAUAACCUCGAGUCGGACAAUCUUCCCCUCGAGUCGAACGAUCUUCCGCUCAAGUCAAAUACGGCAGGAAAUCGAGUCAAGAAGCCGCGACCCAGCCUCCAAAAGAGACAUGCGAAGCGAGCGCAACACGCGGAGCAGUUGAGACAGGAGCCAACGAGGGCAUCCCGAGGGCAACGAGACAAGGGGAUGGCCGUGCACAUCCAGAGUCUGCAGAACUUUACUGAACGCAUGGAAAAGGACGGACUCGCAGAGCAGUUUGAGACUUUCGGACGCACCGAAGAUUUCCGCACCAAGACGCGACUGGAAAAGGCUGCCGAGAGACGCUGGAAGGGCGCGGGAAGUGGAACCAACGAGGACAAGAAGGUCGACCUGAUCUCUGCGCAACUCGAGAAAAUGUUGGAGAGCGACAACAACAAGGCAGAAAAGAAGACGAGCUCGAACGGCAAGGAACGAGAUGGUAUGGAGGAGUAA